AUGCCUGGCUACCACCAGUACUGCACCCUAGGUGGCAAUGUGAAAAUUCCAGUGUUUCACGAGGACUAUCAAUAUAACAAGGACUCAGAGACAUAUUUCUGCCCAUUCCCCUGUGGUGAUUUCUCCAUCACCAAGGAAGAUGUGGAAAAUGGAGAAGAUGUGGCAAUGUGUCCUAGCUGCUCAUUCAUUAUAAAAGUGAUUUAUGACAAAGAUCAGUUCAUGUGUGGAGAAAGAGUCCCAGCACCUUUAACCAACAAAGAGUUAGUUAAAUGCUGA